AUGCAAUGUUUACCGUGCAAAAACGAGUUACGUCCCAUGUAGUAUUUUAAUAACAAACAUGGCGUACUGGUUCCAUAGGAAUCCUCUCAAAGCUACUAGCCCUGUUACAUUUGAAUUGGCAGGAGUUUCCACAAAUGAAGCUACACGGAAAAUAUUCAGUGACUUGCGGCAACACAGAAACAAGCUAUUAGAGCUGCUGACAGAUCCAAAUCAUGACAAAAACACCCUGGACAAGACAUCCAAUGAUUAUUUCUCACUUCUGAUUGGUCUGAUGAAACCAUUAGAAGAGGGUGAGACAGAGAACAAGCUGCGACAGGCUGUGAAGUUCAAGUGGACAAAUACCCUGCUUGGAAACACACCAACUGAGCAGCAGGAUGCAGUGUAUGAGAUGGCCUGCAUGGCCAUCAACCUGGCCCUCUGGUACACAAAACACUCAGCAAAGUUUGCAGCAAAAGAAGAAGUUGACAUGGAGGAGGCUAAAAAUGUUCACAAAUGUCUACGUAUGGCAGCUGGAGUAUUCAAUUAUGUUAAGACGGAGCUUGCUCCUAGGUUGACCGGCGACCCUAACAAAGACACUGGUCCUGCUGAUACCGACAGUCGAGUGCUGGAUGCGUACAUCAACCAGUGUACUGCAGAGGCACAGGAAGUGACUCUGGCACGUGCAAUAGAGCUGAAGCAUUCUGCAGGGUUGAUUGCUGCCCUGGCCAAUGAGACGGGCCAGCUUUUCAAAAGGGCAGAUGAUGCUCUUGCCAGCCUGGAUGCAAAAAUAGUUGGGAAAUGGCGCAAGUACUUUCAGUUGAAGUCAGAUUUCUACAUUGCCCAUGCCCACUGCUACAAUGCAGAGAGUCUGCUGGCACAGGACAAGUGUGGAGAGGCUAUCAGAGGGCUGCAAGAGGGAAUCAAAUGCUAUGACAAGGCAGCAGAGACUUGCAAGGAGUAUGCAAGCACCAAGGGGCCAGGUACGCAGGCUCGGCCCCUAAACCACCUGUUCUUCCGUCGCCUGGGGCCAGUCAUGAAGAGGACCCUCGACAAGUGUGAGAGGGAGAAUGGACUUAUUUACCACCAGAAGGUGGCGUUUGACCCCCCAAUACUGGAGUUGAAGGCCACGUACGGACUCGUUAGUCCAGAGGACUACAAACCUCCCGAGCUGAGCCCACUGUGGUCUGUGGAGGUGUACAAGAAGAUGGAUUCAAAGAUGGCACCCAAACCUGGGCCACAGUUGCCAGGAGAAAAGGAAGAGAAGCCGAAGGACCUUCCCCCUGUGAAGGAGAAGGAGGUGCCAAUGUCUGACAAGGACCCAAAGAAUGCCAGUGGAUGUGUAGUCUCGUGAUUUCUGAUGCAAACCAGUGUGGUUACAUGUGCGGGUCUCAUGGAAAUGCUCGCAGAGUUACGGUUCUUUGGUUGGCUGUGAAGUCAUCUUGGAGAUUUCCAGAUAAUCAACCAUGAGCACUGAUAUUUUUUUGUGAGUUAUUACGUAAUAUGUCAAAUUUUGGAUUGAUAAAUUCUUACAGUGAAAUACUCGUAUGUGAAUCUAAAUGUUUUAAUAUAAACUGUUCAAAGACCAAAAACCACUCCCAAAGUCACAAAUUGUUUUAGCAGUUACAGACUUUAGUUGCGAAUUUUAUUAGUCAACAUCCAUUGUUAAUGUGCAAGUUAAGGACACUAUCUAAGGUUUGAAUUUAUCAGUCAUUCAGUGUGGAUAAAAAAAAACAUCUGAAAACUACUAAUUAUUUUCGAUAUGAGCAUAAGUGGACCAAGUUACAGUAUGGCUGAAAUCUUUCACAACAUUGGAACCUGGUGUUUAAGCCAAGCAACUUUAUAUGGUCACAGCUGGUGCCAUUCGCGACUGAAAUCUGGUUUCCAAUUUCCUAUUUAAGUGAUUGUUCUGCAUUUUUAUACUGAAUGCCAUUCAUUCAAGAUGUUUAAAGUACCAUUUAUAAAACCAUUAGUAUAAUGUUUUAUUUUUAUAUUUUCUCUACAAAAUCAGAUUGUCAUUUAAUAAAAGCAGUUUUAGAUUUGCUUUGUGUAGAAUAUAAUACUAUUUGUAUUUAAUUGAGCUUAGGAAAGGCAGAAGUAUAAUCUUAUGGGAAAAAGUUGUCAGUGUGAAAAUAAAGGGUAAAUUUUAAAUAAUUUAAGUAUUCUUUUUGUCUUGUAUUUCGGUAUUUUUAUGUUUUAAAAUAUGAUGUUGUUAAUAAGCAGGAUAAUAGGAUUUGCUGCUGGCUAAGGCAACAACAAUUAUUGAAGUUUUCUUGAUAGUUUAUUACUCAUAUUGACACAUGUCUGCUGUAAAUGUUUUUCAACUUCAAAAUUUCGUGAGUGAAAAAUACCACUUACUACCUGGCAUAUCCAUUCCCAAAGCAGUGAAAAAAUGCUGUUGCAAGUACUGCAGUGAACCCUUUGGGCUAUCAUCAUUAUUAUCCCCUGCAAAAGGCGUUGUCCAUCAGUCUCUCAGGCUGUCCGUCUUUCACAAAAUUGUGUUAGGGCAUGAGAGAUUCUCAUGAGAGAAUCUUCAUGGUUGUAUAGAUAUCAAUGGUGAUGGAUAUCAAUUCAACAAAUUUGCUUGUUUUGUUUUAGGAUUUUAUUCAUUCACUUUCAUCCACACUAAUAACUGUGAUCUGAUGAUUAUCAGUAAUACCGCUUUCUAUGUGGUCAACUUUGAUUUUUAUGUUUAUUUUAAAUCUAAGCUUAUAUUGUUAAGGCCAGCAUUGUUUUGGUGAUAUGAUCACCCUUUAAGUGACUUGUUGAGGUAACUUUUCUCUCAGAAUUGGAGGAAUGUAAAGACUGAAAAAUAAAUAAACACAUGUUGAUAUAUAUGUCAAUUAAUCGCAAUUGUUUAGCGUUAACUGUGAACAAAGGUGCAAAUAAGAACAAACUGUAACAUAAACCUUCAGAUGUGAUAUUGAAGAUUUAAAGUUGCUUGCUCACAGAUGAGUGAAUGCAAAACACUUAAUUAUUCCCUCGAAUAGAUGUUAACUUCUAACGUUUAAAGUUGUAAAGUUGUAAUCUCCUACCUCCCUACGCAGAUACAGGAGUAUUAUUCUGAGUAUUUAUAGACUCACCAUUCUUUUAUGAUUUUAUUUGCAAUAAUUAACACAAUAAUGCUUAAAAAUUGCUUGAUUUUUACUUGUGUCAAAAGUAACUAUAAUCACUGAUAAAUGUUGAAACUUGCAAAAUUGUGUUUGUUUGUAAAUUUGAGUACACCUUUUAUAUUGAAUGAAAAAACACAUAACAAAUAAAAUGCAUUAAAUUAUAGAAAUAAUAAGAAAUCAAAGUUUUAUCAACUCUGUAUGUCUACUUUUCAAUAUGUUCCCAUCAUAAAACAAGAUGAUAAAAUUUAGGACACCCAACCAUUUGGUAAUAACAAUUACAAACUGUGCACUUACAACAAGUAAAAUUAUGCAAAAACCAAAGUGCACACUGUCUGGAAUAUAUUCAUGCAAUUUAAAUAAAUGUUUAAUUCCAUUCUCAUAAAUGUUACUAAAAGAGCUCACAAUAAAGAAACAAAAAGUAACAUUAAAUUACAAUAUGAUUUACUACUUGUAUCUCAAACUUCCUCAAAUUCACAAUAGUUUUUCCUUAACAAUAUGUUUGUAUUUAAGAAAGACAGCUUACUGUUUUUUUAUGUCCUUCGAUACACAUUUUAAAUGUUAAUAUUUUUAUGUUUAUUUAUUAAAAAAUCAUGACCUUUAUUCUUCUGUUAUUCACAAAAAUUAUCUUGGCAUUUUGUUAAAAUGAUGUAAUGUGAAUUUUUUUUGCAAGAUUAUGAUGUGAUGUACAAAUCUUAAUUAGCAUGCUUUUCCUGUGUUUUUUCUAUGAUUUUUUUGUAUGUUCAUAUUUCAGGAGAACAUGUUAAAAAACAGCAUUAUACAACAUCUUUUGAUAUUAUUCUGUUUAUACAAACCUGUUCUGGAGUAAUGUACUCAAAUGCCUAAUUCUUACAUAACUUUAUGUUGAUCACAUUUAUUGUUUUUUAUAGGAUCUUGCAUGAGUGGUCGUUUUGUAUUGAAUUUAUUAAACAAGUCAUCUAAAUAAAGAUAAAAACGAGGCUUGCCGAGUUUUUAUCUUUAUUUAGAUGACGAGUUUAAUAAAUUCAAUACAAAAUGACCACGAAUCUAAGAUUCUAUUUAUAACAUGACCAACACAUUUUAUUUUUAUUUAAUGCUCUUUUCACGGUUUAUUCAGAUUGUAAAAGAGUUUAACUGAAGAAAUUCGCUGGAAUAAUGACGUCAUUUCACAGUUAUAUAACUAGUGUAAUAACACCCGUGUGAUAAACAAAAUUUAGCACUAUGUUAUUUCACUCCUGGAGCGUGGGUCAUGUUAUAAAAAAUGUUAUAAAAUGGGAAUAUGUCACAAACCAUGUCAAGAAAAAACGGGUCUCAUGUAUUUGCACAGUCUGGGCCCCAGCUACUCUGUAUGCUUUAAAGUAACGCAAGGUUUUAUGGUCUCCUUAGCGGACUGGAAAGCUCCUGACCAGACUGCGUGACUGCGCAGGCUGGUAAGGAGCUACUCUGGCUGCAUAUGGCAUAAAGCCCAUUGUCACGUGACGCAGGUCAUAUUAAAAUAAGUGUGAUUAUUUGUCCACAUUUAAGUUCAAGGCUCCACACACAUGUCAGUGUCUUGUACACUGACUUUAAUGAUAGCUGUUAAUAUGUGGAUAUUGUUAUUGAAUCUUGUUAUGUUAUAAAUAUAAAUACAUGUAAUUGUGGAUGGUUAUAUAUUUAUUAUUUAUAUGAAUUGUUAAUGGUUUUCAGCAUCAGUUAAUUAUGUCUUUAAAUGUUUAGUUGCUAAUUGAGAAUAAACUUCAACAAGUGACACUGAAAGUUAUGAUUUGGAUUGAAAAAUGAAAUAAUUUGUGUAAGAUUGUAACAUUUGACAUGUUAUAAAUAAUAAAUGUUUAUUCUAUAUUCACUUCAAAUUUCAAUGUGGAUUACCUAUUGGUGUAGUGAUCAUUUCAAUGAUUGAUUUUAAACUAUAUUGAAUUACUUUCCUAUAACUGUGCCAAUAAAUUUAUUUGUUUCUUUAUAUGGGUAUUAAUAAUAUUAUGUUGUGAGCAUUAAAUAAAAUGCAAUAUUUUUAAUCUUUCUAUAACAACUUAACUUUCAUACAUUAAUUUGUAUGCCCCCACUUUGAAGAAAGUGGCAUAUAGCCACCAUACUGUCCGUCUGUUGGUCUUUCUGAAUGUAUGUCUGUGCAAAGUUUCCUGCAUCAGCCUUAACUUUGCCAAAAAUUGACGAAUUUUUAAAUAACUUUUGAUAAAUGUCUCCAAGAAUAAGACCUUUGUUGCCAAUAACAUGUGUCUCCCUAGCUACAAGGUCAAGGUCACACUUAGAGGUCAAAUAUUACAAUUUUCUGUCUCAGCCAUAACUUUGUCAUGUAUGGUUGGAUUUUGGAAUAACUUGACACAACAGUUCUCCAUUAUUAGAGUGUUGUGUGUAUCACCUGUCUCCAUACCUCAAAGACUGAAGUAACACAUAAAGGUCAAAGGUCAAAUUUGGAAACUGCUUGAAAAUUGAAAUUGAAAAUUCCUUUUUUUUAACUUUGCCAUAUAUACUGAUUAAUUUUUAUAUGAUUUGGCAAAAAUAAGAACGCUCAUAACAUGGAAGAAUUGUAAAUUUAAAUUCUCUUGUACAAUUAUUAACAACAAAUGACCACCAUGAGGUGAAGGCAUUUCCUAGACUCAGAUGUUUCGGUUCCCUUUAAGGUCAUAUUUGGCAACUUAAAACACAUGGUCAGGGCUGUAACUUCGUCAUUCAUCAUGAAAUGUGAAGAUAAGUUACCACAAAUAACUAUGAUGAGAACUCUUGAAUGUCAUGUGCUUCACCUCAUUCUCCCAAAGGUCAAGGGCACACUUAGGGGUCAAAAGUCAAACAGCUUGUUUUUGACAUAGGCAGAGUUGUGAAAAAAACAGUGGAAUAAGUUGGCAUCUGUGCCUGUUGGAUGCACGAGUUUUUUUUUGUAUACAAUUAAAUAUGUUUAAAUUAGGCUUGCGUUGCUAUCGAUUGAAUGUACAUUUUGAAAUAAUUAUAUAUUAUUAGGAA